AUGCAGAAACCAUCGGCACAACACUUUGGAGCUGCAAAGAGGAUAUUGAGGUAUAUUGCAGCUACUACUAACCAUGGGUUAUGGUAUGAGAAGGGUGCAAAGGUUUGUUUGAAGGGAUACACUGAUAGUGAUUGGGCGACAUCGAUUGAUGAUCGAAAAAGUAUAUCAGCACAUGUUUUCUCUAUCGGCAGUGGGGUUGUUUCAUGGAGUUCAAAGAAGCAGUCUAUUGUGGUGCUUAAGUCAUGCUAUACAGAAGAACAACUGGCUGAUGUAUUAACAAAGCCUCUUGGUACUAAUCGGUUUUGUCUCCUGCGAGAAAAGUUGGGUGUUCGGGUGUUUGAAUUAAAGGAGGGUAUUGGAAAUAAAGAAAAGUUCAAUAUCGUACCAAAUGUGUUUACUUAUAACAUUCUUUUGAAAGCAUUUUGUAACAAUGGUGACAUAGAAGGCGCCCUUAAGGUUUUAGAUGAAAUGCCAGCGAUGGGAAUGGUGCCAAAUCUUGUGAGUUAUACAACUGUGUUGGGAGGUUACGUUUCGAAAGGGGAUAUGGUCGAUGCAAAAGAGAUGUUUGGUCAAAUUCUUGAUAGAGGGUGGACCCCUGAUGCGACGACUUACACAAUUUUGAUGGAUGGAUUUUGUAAGCAAGGGAGAUUCGUUGUUUGA